CCAGCUGAGAGGAGGCCACUAUAGAGCUGGGAAUGCAAGAGUCCUGGAGCCACUGCACGAAAAGGGUUAAUGUCUUGGCAGAAUGAUGAGCAUAUUCCUCUGGAACAGCUGGGGAGACCUGAGGUCUAAAUCCAUCUGGGGCUGAGGGUUGUUUGAACCCAGGCUAAGGUCUGGGAGCUGCCCUUUGGAAGUUACAGUGUUCACAUGUCUCUGCACACAAGUGGAUACUCACCUGUUGUCAUUCCCAGAUGUGGACCAGCAAGUCCAUUUAAAGGACACUUAAGUACUAAGAGUAAUGCUUUCUGCAUUGACUCCUCUCGAAGUCUAACUGGCCAAUACCUGAUCAGAGAUCACAUGGUGUUUCAUUAUAACAGAAUCCUUUCAGCCAAAGCAGCUGUAGACUGUUCAGUGCCCAAAAGUAGGUUGACCAGCAUCAAAUUUGCUGACCAGCAAAGAAGAGAGAAACUGAAAAAGAAGAUAGCCAGGUGUGAAGAGAAAAUGAGUAUCUGUGAAACUGUCUCCCGAUCCUGUUCAAGAGACAGCGGAAGGCUGCUGCCAUCCUCUUUUAGAAAGAGUUUCUUGGAAGUAGAAGACAAUCUCUUUCCCUGUGCUGGGCAAGCACAGUACCUAUCAAGAGCACCGUCUCCUUUUGGCCAGCAUGGCUCGGUUCGCUCCAGUCCGGUUAAACAUGCCAGAAAGUGUUCUCGGAAUACAUCCAGGGCAUCUCACUCAUGUGUCUGUACGUCAAGGCCACCAAGUAAACACUCUGGACUUUCAUGCAGUCACUCCAUUGAUAAUUUUGUGAGCAUUGGUUGUUCCCAGAGGUGUCAAGGAAACAACCCCAAAGUGAGCAGCGGGGAUCUUCUAGAGAGGCACUCUGAAUACUUUACCAAGAGCCGAAAACCUUUUACUCCACGCACCUUAAUAUCAAAUGCUAAAUCUCUCCUGACAGAGUACAGGUAUUACACUCCUGCUCGAAGGAAGAAGAAAAAUCGCCGCAAGCAGCGUGUGGAAGCUCAAACACAGACUGAUAUGAUCAGCUUUCCAUCUGCAGACAAAGUGUAUGUGAGAAAAGUUAUGUGUGAACACCAGAAGAUCCCAUCAAAGGCUGAAGCUAAAAGAUAUACUCUGGAUGAGCCUGAGAGAGGAAUAGAUGGUUGUCAAUACUCCGUCCUAAGAGAGACAUCACGGCAUCCUCAGAAGUGUUCACCAAGGAGGACUGCUGAGGCCGAAGAAGAGGAGCUUUUAUAUUUAACUUUCAUUGAAGAUGUAACAAAUGAAAUUCUUCGACUUGGGUUAUUUUCUAACAGGGUUCUGGAUCAACUGUUUGAGUGCUAUAUAGAAGAAAAUAAGAACCGCUUGGAUGAGGGCAAAAUGCGCCAGAUGUUGGAUGUGCUGAAAUCAGACCUCGGUUGCAGCCAGGACAGUGACACAGAGCUAAUCCAUGAAGACCGGGACAGUGACACAGAGCUAAGCCAUGAAGGCCGGGACAGUGACACAGAGCUGAUCCAUGAAGACCGGGACAGUGACACAGAGCUGAUCCAUGCAGGCCUGGACAGCGAGACAGAGCUGAUCCAGGCAAGCCGGGAAGCCUCAGAGUCACUGGAUCUGCAGGAGUCUGAUACGAUAGAAGAGCUCGAGUUUACCAGUAAAGGUCACAGGCUGAGGAAAGCUACAAAAAGUGAAGAAUUCCUUGAGAGCAUCAACUUGUCAUUACAGGAACCAAACAAAUGUGAAUCACUGUCAUUCAGCGAAAGGUCAAGGGAGACACAGAGCAGGGAGGACUUUUCAGAAGAUACCACAGAAAUGAUGGAUGCUGGGACAGAGUCUGAUUUCUGUGGUGUGGAAUUUGAAGAACACCCAGACACUUUACCCACAUGUGAGGCAGCUUCAAACUUGAUUGCUUGUGACAGUGAUUUGGAAGUCAAUAAGGAACUUGAUGAACUGAAAGAAAACUUUGCAGACACCCUUCACAUUUCACGUAACUAUUCAUAAUAGUAACCAAAACUUACCUGUUACACAGGGAUAGAGCUCCUUCUGUGGUGAACUGCCAUUUGUCAACUAGUAGUAAAUGGUUCGGUUUAUUUUCAAUUAUUUCUGUUUAAAUACUGCUAAGAUCUCUCUAGCAGGAUACUAUUAAUUGGGCAUUAAUUAAUCUCUGUGUAAAUUAGACCUUAAAGGAUAAUGGGUCAGUUAUCAGAAGAAUUUUGUAUAUUUUGCCUAUAAUUGUAUAACUUGAAACAAACUUGAGAAUAUUAAAAUUAGUUUUAUAUUUUUAAAAGAUGUCAUAAUAAAUUAUGCAAUAUUUAUUGUUUUAAAUUAAUUGAUAGUGCAGUUGUGGUCCUGCUAUAAAGAUCUGAGAUUUUGUAGUCUGCAAGAAUUAAACAACUUAACAUCAAUUUAACAUCAAAAAAUGUCCUCUUCCGGAACGGACAAACAGUUCCACUGUGUUGCCACUCACAGAAGCCCACAAAUGAAAAAUCAAAUUAUUUCACAAGAACAAAACUAACAUUUAAGAGUUCUACAUUGAUUAAUGACUGCAGUACUUUAUUUUCAGUUCUUAACUGAGUGAGACCACUAAGUUCAAUUUCUUGUACUGAUGACAACCACAGCAUAGCAUUCUGCAUCAGGCUUUGGUUUUGGAAAAGGAUUGAGUUGCUCACUGUUUGAUGGCUAGGACUAUCUAGUAGAAGACACAUCAGGCACCUUGUACAGCAAAUGGAAAAGAGGUGAUGUAUUUUCUGGUUAAAGUUUAAACUGAAGUAGGACAUGCAUUGCACAAAAUCAACCCCAAUUUCAUUGUUUAAUCGGAGUACAGCUAUUGCCUGACAUUCCAGUUACUGCAGAAUGAGCUCAGCAGGUUCUGAGGAAAGACUGGCAAGUCAUACCGUUCUGCUGUAGGUGAGGAACUAGGAGAAGUCUUAGGAACUGGAUAAAGCCUGUCCCCUAAUAUCUCCUAGGAUCAGUUUUUAACCUUCUUCCUCCAAGGACAAGCCCAAGUUGUACCAGUUCAUACAUAACAGCUGCCACCACCCACCUCCCCUGUGCCUCGUGAGCAUUGACCAAAGACUGUGACUCUGUCGGCCAGGUGACCCAUUGCAGCUUCAAGUAGCUCCUACAGAUACAGACCACUGCUUCACUUGUGAAGCAUAAACUUUUGGACAAAAGAAAUGUCAAAAAACAUCUAGAGGAAGCCAGUCAGAGAAAAACAACAUAUCUGGCACAAUCACAGCACUGCAGUGCAGAACAUAAUUCUCAAAGAAAGGAAAAGGCACCUUCCUGGGUGCCUUUUCCACAAUAAUAAAUAGCACUUGUUGACAAUGACAGCACCGGAGUUCAUGUUAGGCAUGUACAUGUGGCUGGGCAGAUGGGCACCAGCCUUUCAUCUGCCACACUCAGCUGGCUGCCUUGUACAUCUGGCCUGCAGCAUGAGUGCUCUGUCUCACUGCAAAGCAGGUGAGAUAAUGUGAGGACUUUUGCAUCCCCCCAUCAGAGCCUGUCUUGUUGAAAAGAUCUGGCCACAGGGCUGAGUCAGUACAGUGCAGAGGGUUUGUCCUCAAUCACAAGUGAUCACAGGUCUUCUCCCAUCCCCAAGGAAACUCCCUCUUCUAUUCCUUACCUCAGAGAGUUGAACAGAAGGGGAUGCCCUAGGAAACUGUUGUUUGUACUUUAUGAAGAAUUCUGACACAGAGGGACUGGUUAGAAAGCUGAAGAGCACGGUUAGAUGUAUCCAAGUAUAAAGCCUUUUUGCUCCUCAGACAGGACUUCACCCACUCUUGGGGCCCUCCAAUUUCUCCAUUCUUGGUCAAUAAUGGGAAUUUAGGGGUUUUUUUCCCUACCUGUCUUUACACUUGUGACUUGUACAUCAGCAAACGUCACUCAGCAAACUUUGGCUUCUUGUCAACAUGAGUCUGAUCAAAGAUUAAUAAGAAUUCCACAUUCAAAUUCUGUAAAUGAAAAAAUACUGUAAGAAAAUACCACAGCAGUGAACCUCACAGAAAGGCACAAGUAAUGACAUACUCAUUUCCUGUUAUACGAGUAACACAAAAAUAAAUAAAAAUAGCUCCUUGACCAUA